GUGAUGAUCUCUCAGUCUUCUAUUAGCCACUGGAAGGUUAACACGCACAUCACCACUCUCACUCACUAUAUUACUCAUUCCUGCACUCAUCUGUACAAGUGACGCACCCAACAUGACCCCGACGCGGCCCGGGUCACGCUACUGACGGACCGGUGACCUAAGCCUCAAGAAUGGUGACCUGGCGGGUAGUGGUGGUGGUGGUUGUGACCUGUUCGGCGCUAAGGUCACGUGCGCAGGUCACCGUGGAUUGUGACCAUGUGUGUCAGAAGGUGGAGAACGUUCACGACGAGGAGGAAAUGGAAUGUGACGCGCCGUGCAGGAGAGACCAGUGUCUGGCGGGGUGUGACGACUGGCGGGAAGGUCUGGACGCGUCUUGCCAGGACCUGUGUUCUGGCCUGGGGUGGAGUAACGACGGCCCGCUGCACCGCUGUACCAUGGGGUGCGUGUACGCCGCCCAGGACUACGUGGACCGCAUCAGAGGUAUAUUAGGAACCCCGGGGGCGCCUCACCUGAUCGGGGGCAGCUUGGGGGCGUCCAGCGUGGGUCUGAGGUGGUCAGGCGCCCCCCAGGUACCCCACGCAAGGUACUUGGUGCAGUACCGCCACGAGGGGUCUGCCACGUGGGUGUACUAUCGCCCACACCACCCACUCAAUACUACCCAUGCUGCUGUCACACACCUCACGCCAUACACUAAGUAUCAGUUCCGCGUGGCGUGGGUGGUGCUGCCAGGCCACGCCCCCAUCAUGUCCGCCUCCAGUUUAUACAUCAGCACCCUCGCCUCAGGACCCCCCCGCUCACCCCCCACGGGCGUGAAAGCGGUGCCACUGGACGGGUCGCGGGUGGAGGUGACCUGGGAGCCCCCUGUGUCACCUGGGGGUAACCUUAUCUUCUAUACCCUGUACCUGAGGGCGCAGCAGGGGGGCAGGGAGAUCAGGGACACUAUCAAGGCUCACGAGGAGAGGAGGUACAUCCUCUCAGACCUCACCCCUAACACCACGUACACCCUCAACCUGACGGCGAACAACCAGGAGGGGGAGGGUCCUGCUGAAGCCACCACCAUCACCACCUACCCCAAUGCCCCAGCUGUGGAUGAUGGACAGGGCUACUUGCUGCUAACGUCGGGUUCCAGUCUGCUCAAGUUAGGCCUGGAUACAAUUGAUCCUCUGCAACAUAUUUACAACACUUCGCGCAGGCACCAGAUUAUGGGUAUGGCAAUUCACAUCAGACUGGGCAUUGUGUACAUUAGUGACAGCAGCGGCUCGAUUCUUCAACUCCACCCAACUACAAACCGCUUUCGAAUCCUCCUGUCUGCCAAUCACCUCCACGGGCAUCCACUCGGCCUCUCGGUGGAUUGGCUAAAUGGACACCUGUACUACAUCAUCCGGCACGGUCAGGUGUGGCAGGUGUGGAGGUGUGGGCUCAUGGGGUCGUCGCCGCAGCCUGUCCAUGGGGAGUUGCAGUAUGAGGCCAAACAUCUACAGGUUGACCCUUUUAAUGGGUACAUUUGGUGGAUAUCAGAGGACCUUGAGCCCGGCCUGCACCGCCUUGACCUGCGAUCUGACAGAGCUGGGGCAGGGUCAGGAGGGGAGGAGGGGGGCAGUGGAGGAGGGGACGGGGGGCUAGGAGGUGGAAGAGGCCCUGAGGUGGUGCUGGAAUCCUCUGAUCUGGGGGGCCUGGUGCUGGAUCCUCCCAAUUUUCAAGUCCUUGUUGCUGAUCGGAGGAAGAAUGCAAUUUUGGCCGUGUCUUUAGAUGGCACGUCCGUCACCCGCCUACACCCGAAUACCCAGCAGGCGUUCUUCCGCAACCUGUCGUCUGUUGUGUACCUCCACCGCCGUUUCUUCUGGACUGAUGGCAAGGAGGUGCUGACUGAAGAGCUCAACAACGGGACCUUCUAUCAUAACAGUUACCUCCUGGUGGGGAACGUAAGCAUAGGUACUCUGGUGGCGGUACACAAGUCCACCCAGCCUGUGCCAGUGCCCCUCAACCCCCCAACUCAUUUGCAAGCUGUCUUCACCCGCCGCUCUGCUACCCUCACCUGGAACACACCUGUCCUGCCUGCUCUGAUGGGCAGCGGUGCGUGGCAGGACUGGCGGUACGAGCUGCACAUUAGGGACGGCCGCCGCACCAUUUACAAGAACAACAUCACCACCACGGAAUACUUGGUGGCCAGUCUGCUGCCCGCCACCUUCUAUGUCAUCAAGGUCAGAGCUUACUCUCAGGAUGGAUACGGGCCUUGGAGUGCUGAGUUCCGCGGCAGCACCCUAGACAACACCCCAGAUGCACCCAGACUUGUCCUGGCCACCGACACACAGCUGCUUAUGACCAACCUAGCUGGCAGUGACUCAAAAGUGGCCGUGUCGCAGGCUAGGCUGAUGGCUGAACUGAAGGGCGGCCGUAUCAGCGACCUGGCCUUCUACCGGGAUGCACUUGUGCUGGCGGUGACCAAUCAGAGCAGCAUCUUGGUCAACACCACCAGCGGUACCUUCAGAAGGCUGGCAGGGACCAAGGGUGUGCUGAGUCUUGCUGUGGACUGGGUGGUGCAUAGACUCUUCUGGGCCAACCCUCAUAAGCAGAUGAUUGGGUGGAGUGGCAUGGAGGACGCAGCACAUGGCCCCUUCAAUGUGGUGACAGCUGCGAGGGAGGUGAGGGUGGAUGCACUGCACGGCCGCCUCUACUGGACCACCUCCCACGCUCUCCUCUCCUCCACCCUCGCUGGUAGAAACAUCUCCACACUCCACCGCGAGGGGAUCUUUAGCGGCAAGCAGGUGUAUGGCUUGACAGUGGAUGCAGGUGGAGGGCGAGUGUGGUGGGUGGUGAGGGAUGUGGAGGGAUGUCACCUGUACUCCGCCACCCUCUCCGCUCCCUUCCACCCGCCCCACCUCACAGGAACACCCAAACUGCUUCCUCAUAGUGUGCAAGUCGGGUCAAUGUGGUACCUGUCUGAGCGUCUGGUGUGGCUGGAAGAAGACGGAGACACAGUGGUGGCGGACAUCAGUCUCAACAACUCCGCGUCACUCCACACCGCCAGCCUCAAAGUGUCCAAGUUCACUGUGGUUCUUGCCGCCCUCCACCCUGCCCCUGAAGGCGUCACAGCACCAGGCGUUCUUCCGGGGCGCAUAGAGACUGAAGGCGUGAAGGUUUUGGGUGGUGGUGACUGGGACAACUUCACCAUCACCUGGCCUGCCAUCACCACCAUCACCCACGGGGAUCUGGUGUACGAGGUGGUGGUGGGGGAGGCCAAGACACCCAUCAUCACCACCAACACCUCCCUGUCCUACACCAACGCUUCCCUGCCCCCCUAUUCCCCGCUGAGGGUGUCGGUGCGAGGGGUGACCAACUGGGGGGUGGGGCCGAGGGUGGUGACGGAGCUGAGGACGCCGCCAGCUCUCCCAGGGGCACCUCAGGACCUCAGGACGUUUAUUAUGAGGCCAGUCAAGGACAGCCCCCCAACCAUCUGCCUGCGCUGGUCUGCCCCGACACACCCUAAUGGAGCACUGACAGGCUACACGGUUGCCUUCUGGGUGGGGCAGGAGGCAGCCAAUGGGAGUUCCAGGGAAGUGUGGGUGCCUGCUGCCCCUACACAGUUCCUCCUCCAUGACCUUGAUCCUUCUACAGUAUACACAUUCAGGGUGUCAGCAAUCAACACAGUGGGAGAGGGGCCAGCCAGCACAGCAGUCAGCACUCAGCCACAGCACCACAGCCCCCUCCCACUGCUGCUAGUGGUGCGUGCUAACCAGUCACGCGCCACAAGCCUGGAUGCCGACCUGGGGGUGGAGGAGACACUGGUGUCGGGGGGCGCUCUAGGGGUGCGGUUCGUGGCUCCUUUGCUCCCCCAUUACAUCAAGGCGAUCCCCAGUGGUGCCUCUAAUGCCUAUGCGAGUGCUCUGAGUGCUGAACUGCCUUCGUUGUUGUCCUCUUCGUCGUUAAAACAGCCUGAUCGUGUCUCAUCUUCAUCAUCUUCCUCUCCUUUGUCUUCUAAAACAUCAAAAUUUCCAUCUGUUUCCUCACCCUCUUCCACACCCACAGAAAACCAUGAUUCUCCAUCUGUUACCACCUCAAACACCUCCGCUCCGUCAGUCAGCAUCUCCACGCAAUCCGUCAUCCACUCCACCUCCCCGUCCACCUCCUCCACCUCCCUGCUAGCAUGGAUGGACAUCAACUCUGACAUUUUCCUCACUCACAGCCACACCAAUGCGACAGAGAGAGUCCUGAGGCUGGUGGGGGAGGGAGUGGGCCUGGCGCUGGACUGGGUGGGGGAGGUGGUGGUGUGGGGAGAGAAGAGACCGCCCUCCCCCAACAUGACCCUCCACUCCCUGACCCUGUGGAGGAAAGGAGGGGGGGCAGGAAGAUCAGGGAGGUGGUGGUGCAGGGAAAAGUGGUCGGCUUUCUUCUCUCUUCAAUGACAAGCCAAGUGUUUGUGGUGCACAGCGUGGGCCAGCGGCUGCAGCUGUCUGUGAUGGGGCUGAAGGAUGGCAAAGAGCUGGAGAAUGUGUUUGAUCAGAAGAGGAGUCAAAAAUGCAACUGCAGGAGGAACCCUAACC